UUUAUAGAAGAUAAUUUUGUUUCAGGUUGGAUGUAUUUUGUCGCCUGGUCAGUGUCUUUCUAUCCACAAAUUUAUGAAAAUUUUAAGCGUAAAAGUGUUAUCGGAUUAAACUUUGAUUUCCUGACAUUGAACGUGGUUGGGUUUACAGUAUACUCUAUAUUUAACGUCGGACUCUUCUUUGUGCCGACAAUUCAGGACGAAUAUUUUGUUGAGCAUCCUACCGGAGUUAAUCCUGUUCAACCUAAUGAUGUUUUCUUCUCUUUACACGCAGUAGCAGCAUGCAGUAUUAAUAUCUUACAGUGUUUUAUAUAUCAGCGAGGACACCAGCGUGUAUCCCGGAUAUGUAUCCUACUCCUGGUUCUAUUCUUCCUGUUUCUUGGAGCAAGUUUCAUCAGUUCUCUAGCAGGAGCUUUAGCCUGGCUGCAGCUCCUAUACUUCUGCUCCUAUGUAAAGCUGACCAUCACGCUAAUCAAAUAUAUACCUCAAGCCUUCAUGAACUAUAGACGUAAGAGUACAGUUGGUUGGAGUAUAGGCAAUAUAUUCCUGGAUUUUACCGGGGGUUCUCUCUCCAUCCUUCAGAUGUUUCUCAUUGGGUACAACAACGACGACUGGGGUUCCAUCUUCGGGGAUCCAACCAAGUUCGGUCUGGGUCUUUUCUCCAUCCUCUUCGAUAUCCUGUUCCUUGUCCAGCAUUACAUCCUGUACAGGAAUAGUGUACCCCAUCAGGAGCUGGAGGGGGUCGAUAGAGAGAGAUCUCCUUCUCCCAACCUGGAGCACCCAACCAUGGCAGAUGAUCUUUGAAGUUUUAACUGAGGAUUCAACUGCUUGAUCAAAGGAUAUCUUUCUGUCCAGUGGUCGCUAAUAUAAAGGAUAAUAAAAAAAACACCAAAGAAAGGUGUUUUAGAGUUUUCGAAUUGAAAAUUUUUUUAAGAUUUAUUUAAGGCCGAACAGUCGGCUUUGUAUUUCACUUUAUUUUGAUGAGCACUGUAAAAUAUUCGAAGUAAAGGUGUCAAAUAUACAAGCAAGUUCUAGUCAUUGUUAUAGAUUAACAAUUUUGACCCAGUUGAUCUGUUCAUGAUCUUAUACUCAGGACUAUACUUUGAAUAUGUGAGCUUUAAAUUUUUAAUUUCAUAUUAAUUUCUUUUUAUUGUGCAGUGUGCAUUUCAUGUAAUUGACUAAAAUUUAUAAAAGUAGACUGAUUGUUAUAGUUUGUUAUAUCCGGUUUAGUUACCUAAUAAAAUAUCAUCUGCUAA